AUGUCAUAUGGAGAAAUUCUGAAGGUUGUUUUCCCUUUACUGGAGGGUGCAGACCUUGCUUCUUGCAUGGCAGUGUGUAAACAGUGGAGAAAUAUAGCGCAAGAUGAGUACUUUUGGAAAUGCGUUUGUGCUAAGAGGUGGCCUUCCAUUUGCAAGAGGCCAAACCCUCCAACUGUCACAUACUACAAGCUAUACCAGACCUUUUAUAAGCGGCAGCGUCAACAAACCCUGCUUCCCCCAAGACUUUCUUUUGACAAUUUAGAAUUCUUCAUCGACAUUUGGAUUGAAGAUAAAUUGAUCUUCUCUGAAGUGGUCCCAGGCCCUGUUUUGCAGACUGGAAUCAAAACCCCACCUCCUGGAAUUUGUGAUAGGUUUAGAUUUCAGUUUGAAGGCACUGAUUGUAAGAUGAGUCUACCUGUUGAGCCGAGAUUCAAAGUCCCUUUAAGCGAGACUGUAAGCAUUUCAGUGCUUGUGGGGCGGAAGGAUUCCAAUAGGGUUGCUUGCAUAGUCAAUAAAUCUGUCUUUGAUUAUAUAGAUCGAACAUCCUAUAGGGCCAUGGCGUUUGACUAUCUUGGCUUCUCACCAGCCCACCCUUUUGUUCCAGGAAUCCGGGCUUGGAUUUCUUUGCUAUUCAUGGAUGACAGAAAUGACAGUGUCAUUGAUGUCUUUGGGAUCGAAAUGGAUUUUUGUGAUGCUGCAAAAUCCAGGGAUGAGGUUUUGUGGCUGCUCGACAUACUUGAUUGGAAGUGA